AUGCUUAGUGAAGUGAGUGGUAGCACUAUUGAUAUUUCUUUCGGGCCGGGCGGGCCUUCACCCAGGAUACUGUUGAUUAUUACCGAGCAAGGUGAUGGCCGGGAUGCCAGUGGUGAGAAAUAUAGAUCUGGAACUGGAAAAGAUGCUGGGCGAUAUGGUGCUUUUACUCCUUACUCUGGCUCUCAAUCUGCGCUUGGAUUUGCUUCUCAUAGGGCCCAUACCAUCCUAGCUUACCCUGUCCCCAAUGCUGGCUCUCUAUCUCCAUUUCGAUCUGCUCCUAGUGGUGCUAAAACGGGUGAUGCUGCCCCUGCCUUUACUGGUGCUCCAGCUUUUGCUACCCUAGCUCUCUUUUCCCCUGCUACCUCUGCUACCGUAGCCUUUGCUCUUGGUGCUGCUUUCUUUGCUACUGAAGCCUAUCUAUCUAUGUAUGUUCUUGCUUUUGACCCUGUCUUCCCUGCUGCUGGACCAACAGAAUCAACUGCUCCACCGGUAUUUGGAUCACGAUCACUAAGGUCUGGAUUACUCAGGUCUUCAUCUCGCUCACGAAGGGCUGGAUCUCACUCUAGUGGAACUAGUACGACUGGCUUUGGAACUACUGAUGCUAGUGGGGGUGCUGCUGGAUAUACUGAUGCCUUUGCCUCUACUUCCUGUGCUCCUGGCUGUGCUCCUGGUGCUUCUACUCGUUCUACCCUAUAUGCUGGUGAUGUUGCUGGAUCUAUAGAAAGGACUGGAUCUACUUCUACUGGAUCUACUGGAUCAUUGGCUUGGCUUAUUGGCUUAGCUUAG